UAGAGUUGCUAUUUAGCUUAGCGCGCUUAUUUUAGUUAAUAAGGGCUACAGGUUGGUAGUUCAGUUAUUAGGAAGUGUAAGGAAUUGUUAAUUAUUUCAGCGAUUAUGUUGAACAUCGUUACUGUAUUUUAAAUCUGUUUAUCACACUUUAUGUUUACAAGUUUAAAGUGCUAGCUAGCUAGCAGGGCAGUGACAGGAUGACAGUGAGAGCAGCUGGCUAGUUUCAGACACUUUCUCGUCUUAUGCGCUUUGUUUUGUAUUAACUUGUUUACUGUUUUCACUAUUACUGAAAGUGUGUGUUUAUCUCCAGCUCAUAAUCGAGUGAUUUGCGGUGGAACAGAUUAAGAUCCAGUGCCUGAAGCAGAAGUUUAUCUUCCACUCUACAGGGAUUUAACCUUUGUGCCAUUAUGUUAACGGAGAACAGGAAACGUCAGCGUACUCAAGGUGAAGAUGAGGAUGCACAGCUGAGGCCUCAGGCCAAAAGAUUAAGCGCAGCACCCUCCGAGGGAAGCCGAGAAGCAUGGGAGUCUGAGUCCUUAAGCAGUGACAGCAGUGGGGUCAGUAGCCCAGAACAUGCAGCUGGGAGCAGCAGCAGCAGUGCUAGCAGUCAGUACGGAGCUGAAAUCCUAAGAUCCUGCAGUCCUUCUAGCACUUUGGACCAACCUGGCCCUGCAAGUCUCGGCUCAUACCAAAAUAUCAACCGAGUCCUGAGAGAGGCUCACUUCCAAAGCUUACAGAACAAAGGUCAGUCACGGGACAGGUGACUUUAAGAGACAUUUAUCAUCUCUGUGACUCAUGUAAGCAAUGACAACUAUACUCUGUCUGAAAGCUGGGCUGUGUUCCCCAAAAGACUUGAUAAAAUUUUAAAAUAUU